UUGCGGCAGCGAGAUUAUCCAACCACAGGAUUUGCAAGAAGAUUUUGUGGAUGAUAACACUGGAAGAUAUGUUUGUAAUAAAUGUAACAAAAAAUUCUCAACUUUCGUGAAGCUGAGUCGACAUAUAGCAAGGCACCAUGGCAAUGACGGAAAAUAUCAAUGUGGUUUAUGUCAAGAACUCGAAUCAACAGAACCAACUGGUGUUGGAUAUGUUUGUUUUGUCUGUAAUGCUGUGUUUGAUGUUGCCAGAGAUCUUGAAGAUCACAUGGUCACUCAUGACUCAAGACUGAAUAUUUUUGCUGUUUUUCA